UGAUAUGAAAGCCUAAGUUAUAAGUGUAUCAUUUUUUUCAUAGAAAUCAAAGACCAAUAAAUUUCAAUGUUCAUUACACCUCAAUAAAUUUAAAUUCUUGUCAUUAUAUAUAGUUAAACUGGGUUAAACUGUGAACAUAACCUUACAGAAUAGAACUAUUAUUUGUUUAAAUAUUGUUCACUUAUUGUGCUGUAAUGAACAAUCCCAGUUCAUCAGAAACUGAUGAAGAGUGUGCACAAAAUGUAAAAACAACAAGAACAAAAUCUGCAAAUAGGUCACAUUGGGUGAAUCCAAACAAUUCACAAAGGGAGGAAUUAGGAGAGUACAGCAGGAUUAUGAACACCUUAGAAGAGGAUCCUUCAAAAUAUGAUCUUUAUUUCAGGAUGAACAAGAAUGAGUUCAAUUUUGUACAUAGUUUGAUUGAGACUGAUAUUAGGAAAAGAAACACACAGCUUAGGAAAGCAAUAGGGAGCAAAGAGAGAUUAGUAAUAUGUUUGAGGUUUUUGGUUACUGGCAAUCCAUUUCGCACUAUUGGUUCUGAAUUCCGGUUGGGAAACAGUACUGUUCGUGUGAUAGUUAAAGAAGUUUGUGAAUCGAUUUGGAAAAGAUUGAGUCCAAUUGUAAUGCCCAAACCAUCUGAGCAGAAGUGGUUAGACAUUGCAAAAAGAUAUGAAGAACUUUGGAAAUUUCCAAAUUGCAUUGGGUCAAUUGUAGGCAAAAGUAUUAAAAUUAAAUGUCCAAUCAAUACCAGCUCUCCAUUCUAUAAUUAUAAUGGAGACAAUACAACGGUGCUGGUAGCAAUGAUUGAUGCCGAUUGCAAGUUUAUUGCAAUCGACGUCGGAUCGUAUGGGCAAAAUGUCGAAGACAGCAUUUUCAACAGAUCUCGAAUUGGGCAGUGUUUGGAGCAAGGGGGAUUUUGUAUACCACAGAACGGAACAACGUUAAACGACACUGAAUACCCAAUGCCGUACGUGCUUAUCGGUGACGCAACUUUUCCACUGAAAAGGUACUUGCUUCGCCCUUAUAGCCCAGUCAUGGAUUUAUCUAACGAAGUAUUCAACAUGCGUGUAACUCAUGCUCGACAAGUGGUCUCAAAUGUUUUUGAUAUGCUCUUCGCUCGUUGGAAAAUAUACUGCAAACCCAUGAUGGUGCAGCCCGAUCUUGUGGAUAUAAUUCUACUUGCAACAUGCGCCCUUCAUAAUUUUAUAUCUGGCCCAGUGGUAUUGGAAGCAACAAAUCCAAACGAUAAAUCAUCAAUUGGUGACUUUGUUCCAUUGAUAGAAACUACAACUCAAGAAACUUUGCAAAUUCGAGAAAUGUUUAAAGACUAUUUUAGUUCUGUUACAGUGAAUAUUGCAUAACAAAUCAAGCAAAAGAUAUUUUAAAUUGUUAAACAUACAUAAUAACUUUAAUUGAUGUAAUGUUAAUUACUUUAUAAAUUCCAUAAACAUUUCUAUAAGUAAUGAAGUUUUACUUCAUAUAAUAUUUGGUGAUUUAACUUCCAUGUGCCGUUUUUUAAUUAAUAUUUUUAAACUGGAAAGGCUUUGGUUGUUAGUUUUAGUGCAAUUG